AUGGAGGCAAUCAAUCGACUAGCGGAGUUUCCUGUCCUGGCUUUGGUCAAGAUAGUUCCUCUUACCUUUUUAGCCUACGUAUUGGCCAUUAUUGUCUACCGCAUAUGGUUCCAUCCUUUGGCAAAGUUCCCUGGGCCUGUUCUGGCAAAGGUUACAAAUCUCUAUGGCGGAUACUUUGCUUGGAAGGGCGAUCUACACGUGGACAUGUUGCGCUGUCAUGAGAAAUAUGGUGUGACGUCGUUCGAUACGCACCCAAUCGUAUCCUCUUUUAAUACCAACACCGGGUUGAAGGAUAUCUACGCCUUUAGCAAGCAGUUUCAGAAGUCGACCGUCUAUGGGGCCAUGGUCCACCGAGCUCCCAACACCCUCACCCUCACUGACAAGAAACAACACGGUCGCAAACGCCGCACCAUUGGCCAAGGGUUUGGAGACAAUGCACUUCGUGGAUUCGAGGAUACAAUCAUGAACCUGGUGCGCGCAUUCUGUGACAAACUGGUUCAGGACACUCCUGCAGGCGAAUGGUCAUAUCCGCAGAACAUGGCCAAGUGGUCAAACUACCUGACCUUCGAUAUCAUGUCGAGCAUCAUUUUCGGAGAAACUUUCGAUCUCAUCGGCAGCUCCGAAAACCGUGAUAUUAUCCAGUCCAUUGAAGAUUCUAACGUGCGUACGGGAGUUCUCUUGCAAGCGGGCGAAUUAGCUACGCGCCGCCUCGACCGCAAACUCUUUCCUCAGGCCAUUGUCGGCCGUAACUAUUUCAUCCGCUUCGUCAACCAGCUGCUCAAGAAGCGCAUGUCAGCCAAACCCUUGAAGCGAAAAGAUGUGUUUUCGUUCCUGCUCGAUGCGGUGGACCCGGAGACAAAACAAGGGUUCACCCCGGCUGAGAUUGGAGCGGAGAGUACCACCCUGAUUGUCGCCGGAUCCGAUACCUCUUCCACUGCAAUCGCAUCCACCUUCUUCUACCUCUGCCGCUACCCUGAAGUCUACGAAAAAGUCAAGAACGAGAUUCGCUCUGUCUUUGCCGGCCCCAAUGAUGUCACUCUUGGACCCAACCUCUCCAACUGUGUCUACCUCCGAGCUUGUAUCGAUGAGAGCCUCCGUAUGUCUCCUCCGGCCGGCAGCUCCUUGUGGCGGGAGGUCAUCCAGGACGGUGUCGUGAUCGACGGGCACGUCAUUCUUCGCGGCUACGAUGUGGGUACCUGCAUUUAUGCCAUCCAUCAUAAUGCCAAGUACUUCCCAGAGCCAUUCGAGUACCGCCCUGAUCGCUGGCUGGAUGAGCCCGAGAAAGUUCAACUCGCCCGCUCUGCAUAUACACCCUUCUCGAUUGGGCCUCGCAGUUGCUUGGGCAAGGGACUAGCCCUGACUGAAUUGACUCUCACCAUGGCCUACCUGUUGUCCAAAUAUGACUUCCGUCUUGCAUCUGGCACCGAAGAGGUGGGUGGUGGUUCAGUCUCUCAGGGAAUCGGACGGCACCAUCAAAAGGAGUACCAACUUCAUGAUCAUGUCACGGCGGCGAAGAAUGGACCAAUUGUGCAACUCCGCGUACGCCAGUAA